AAGCGCCACACACCAAAAUAAAGGAUCGAAUUCAGUGCGAGUUUUUGAUGGCGUCUUGAUGGCUUUUCUUUGUGAUUUCAUCGACGGCAACGACUCGCCAGUCGACGACGGUCAUGGCAUACCAACGGCUCGUUCUAAUCAUUUCGAAGCUGUUGUUCUUAUUGGUAAUGGCUACCGGCCAGCCGGAGCGAGGAGCCAGCGCAAGAGCCGGCCCUCCGUCUGUCCGUGUCCUGGCCGUAUUCGACGCCAGCGAAAUGGCAACAAUGGAGCGCGUCAUGCAGAAAACGCUGAUUGCACUCAACAAGGAAAAAACGGCCUGGGCAGCCGGAUGGAAUCGCCAAAACAGCGGGAUCGGGGCCGCUGCAGAUGUCAACAUCAGCACGUCGUCGGCCAGCCGAGGCAAACGCAGGAAGUGGCUGGCCGGUGGGGGACGUCUAACAGUGGACAGUGUCACGUACUCGUCGCAGUGGUGGAUCAAUCAAACGGCAGACGAUCUCGAUCGUCUCAUCGUUUCUCAUCGGCCCGUCGCUAUCCUCGUCCUGUCAGCCGACGAUUAUUCCGUUUUCCGUGUCGCUCUCGCCGCCUCUUUGUUCCAUGUGCCCGUCAUCGGAGCGCGGGCGCAGCGCGGACUCGACGAUUCCUCCUUCCGCGGAGUUUCACCGUUUUACGUCGGUCUCAAUCCUGGUCCCCAUCAUUUGGCUUCCGCUCUUCACCACCUGCUACUGGCCAACAAUUGGCUACUGACGCUGAUUGUCGACGAUUCACUGGAUGCCCAGAAGAUCCGGCAAGUCGUUCAACGACAUCCGUCCAACGUCGACAAGGUGAUGGUGGUGACGGUGAACAGGGGCUCAGCUCCACACCGGAUCCUUGCCCAGCUGAGCGGUAUCCAGCAAACGACAUCACUGGUGAUCGCCUUCUGCUGCGAGCCUCGUCUAGCGUCGCUCAUUUUUCGCGAAGCUCGACGACUCAACAUGCUCAACGGCGAUUGGGUGUGGCUAGCCUUGGAGCAGGCCGUCUCGGACUUCCAUCACCACUGGACGGAUGGCUAUUCACCGGCUGCGGCUGGACGAUUGCCAUCCGGCGGAUGGACGGCCGAUGGACAAGACGACGAAGACGACUGGCCACUUGGCUUGCUCGGCCUCGUUUCUCAGCAACCGCUACGCCUGACCAAGCACACGAUGAAAGGCUCGCUGGCCAUCAUCCAUUCGUCCAUCAGGGCCAGUCUGGCCGUCCAUCAGCUGCAAACGUGGCUGGAUUCGUGGACGAACGAGACUAGCGCCACUCAUCCCACAUCCAACGACUGCAAGUGGCUAAAAAAAUGGACAGCGAGAUCCGAUGGCGAGUGAAAGAGGCGCUGGCUGGCCGACUGACUUACGACGGAGGCGGUAAAAUCGACUGUGCUCUGAGAGCCAACUUUGACGUCAUCAAUCUCGUCCCGGCCGGACCUUUCUAUCCGAAGAGCAGCGCCAGUAAUACGAAUGGCGUCGGCGCCAAAUCGACCAAGACAUCAGCAUCCUCUUCUUCUACUUCCUUGACUUUGACGAGACGGCGAAGACACUCCUCCUCAACAUCCGACAAACAUUUUGGCAACGCCACAGC